CUUCGUCACAGAGUACCAAGUGUGCGCCGCCAAUGCGGCUUGAGAAAGCAAUCGCACGCACCGGUACGAAGCCGCUUAAUUGCUUAGAGGACGUCUUCGUCUCUUUUUGCAGACAAGAACCCUUCGUCGCGCGGUUAUUGGUUGCUGCUUGGCUUGCUGUGUCGUACGUACUACCUGUUGUGGUUCAUUCUGAAGCUUUUCAAGUACUAUUUUCCAUAGCGCAGGAGCCGCAGCAGCCAGAAGGUAUCGCUGUCUUUCUCUUGGUCUUGCUGGACUAACUUUAAGAGACGCGCCCCCUCGCAAUUCGAAGUAGCUUUUUACCUACAACCUUUCGAGUUUAUUUUGUUCUCGAUGCAUAGAAAGACGAAGACAAUUAGGUUUGUAGGCGUGUUUCGGUUUUGUAGAGGUUGCAAGUGCAAUUGCGCAUGAAGUUCUUGCAACUGUACUACCU